GCUCAUGCGCUCAUGAAGAGAUGCUGCUGCUGCUGCUGAGAGGUGUGUGCGCUGCGGCGGGCGCUUAUUUACACCCGUUCAGUCACACUGCUGCUAGAGAAAAGCUCGGGCGCUCCUUAGGACAUGGACUUUCUAAAGGGAUUCAUGUGUCUCUGCGCUGAUACAUCUCAAGCUCUGCGUUUGCCUCAUAAGUCCCACAAGCUGUUUCUCCAAACAGUGUGGAAAGGAUUUAAACAGCUUCACUACUGAACAAGGAGUUUAUGACUUGUGCUACAACCACAUUUUAACUGCGUGUCAGAAAUGCCCCCUUCCAUUAAUUGGUGCAUUAGGUGGGCUGUCUGCUUGUCCUGUAUUCUUGCACUGAUCCCCAAGAUCAGAGGGUCGACGCUGAAUUGUCACAAAAUGUGCAUAUGCGCCAGCAACAUUGUCAGCUGUUCUAAGAUGAACCUGACGAUGAUCCCGUCUGACCUGCCGAACUACACAGCCGUGCUUGACAUUAGUUUUAAUGAGAUAACCGGACUACGCGCACAAUGGACCAAGCACAAACUGCCCAAUCUCCACAAUCUCUUACUCAGUCACAAUGGUUUGUCAUUCAUCUCUUCCGAGGCGUUCAUAUUCGUAAAGCAACUGCGCUACUUGGAUCUUUCAUCAAAUGUUUUGCGACAGCUGGACGAGUUCAUUUUCGAGCCACUGAUACAUUUGGAGGUUCUUCUGCUCUACAACAACCACAUCUCGCAGAUAGACCGCACAGCCUUCUUGGGCCUCGGUAGCCUGCAGAAGCUCUACCUGAGCCAGAACUUGGUAUCUCGCUUCCCUUUGGAGCUCGUCAAGGACAAGAACCGACUGGACAAGCUGAGCCUGUUGGACUUGUCUUCCAAUCGGAUCAAAGUUCUCCCCAUUCAAGACCUGCAGGCGCUUCCGGCCUACAUCAAGAAUGGACUUUACUUCCAUAACAACACCCUCAUCUGCGACUGCGAGUUGUACAGUUUGAUGGCACAUUGGAACAUCAGGCGACUCAAUUCGGCUUUGGACUUUAAGGACGACCAUACCUGUGUUCACCCUGGACCGGAUAAACGGGUACUGCGUUUGUACGAACUCAACAUUCAUAUGAACUGCAGUACGUUUAAAGAAACAGACAGAGAGGCUUAUUUGGAGCAGACGCUCAUCCUUGACUGUGAUACCCGACAUCGGGAGAUGUCAAAGACUUGGAUGUUACCUGGAAAUGUAGUGGUUUCUCCUGGCAAUAACCUGAGCGCUGUGGUUCUCCCAGACGGUGAUCUUGAAUUAAAAACAAUACGACCUGAGGACUCGGGUGUGUACACUUGCUUCGCCGUGAGUGAAUACCUCAACGAAACACUCUAUGUAGUGGUCAAAGUCCACAAUUUUACCCUCAACGGCAAUGGCGAUACCCUCAACACUGCUUACACCACUUUGGUGGGUUGCUUGGCAAGCGUGGUCCUAGUUCUUAUCUAUCUAUAUCUAACACCCUGCCGCUGCUUCUGCUGUCCUGACAAGUCAAAGAACCAUCAUGAAGACAGCAUCCACUCCUCUAUGCUCAGUGUCACUCCAACGCAUGAGGACAUGGCCACCAAAGCAGAGCUCAACAGGCACGUGGCCUUCAUUGACCCCAAGGACCUGCAGGGACAGAAUGGAAAGGUGAAUCCGAACGGAGAUGAGGAGGUGGAUGAGGAGGCCAUGCAAGGAAAGGGAAAGAGGAAGAAAUCGGUGGCAGACUCAAUCAGUUCAGUCUUUUCUGACACUCCCAUAGUAGUCUGAGGGAGGAUGUGUAUCUUUUGACCGGAGACAGUUCAUUGUUGUGGCUUUCUCGGACAAAGAGACUUUACACAGUUUGCCAUCCUCAGUGUUUGGCUGUUUCUGCAAAACCUUUCCAGCAUUUUAAUCUGUAGCACUUAAGUAUAUACUGUGAAAAGGUCUUGCCAUAUUAGUGGAAUCUAAACUUGGAGUGUUUAGAUGUUCCUGUGAGUUUCAAGCCCACUAAGUGUGACUAGAGGUAGUCUGGGUAAACGUCACAUGCAAUCUGCGAUUUCUCGGUGAUCCAGCUAGAAAGCUAGGUUGAGAAACAUUCGAACAUUAGCACAUCCACUAUAUAAUCACGUCAUAAGCAUGAGCUUUGCAGACUGCUAAUGUACAGAAGAAUAUAGCAUAGAAUGAAGCCCUUGUAGCUUAUCAUAUUUACCACCUUUAUUGCUAAAUGACCAACCGUACCACUUUAUGAAAAGCCAUAUGCAGUUGGUCACUGCAUGGGGAAAGCAAAGCACUACUGCAUUUUAGAGAAAACCAUGACAAGAAAAUGACGGAAAACUGUGUUUCUAUGGAAUAUUAUAUGUGUGUUCUAAAUGAAGGAGUCAAACAGCGAA